AACCUUCACAUUCUGCCCCUCCCCCACUCUGAGCACAUAACGACCGUCUUCUGCGCGCAUUUUAUGUAGAGUGAUACUUCUCCCACAUUUCCCACUCUUGAGUUGCUAUCACGAAACGCGACAUGGCAAGCCAGGACUACUACGGGCAGAGUCAAGGCCAAGGCCAACAAGGCUAUGGUCACAACAAUGAAGGCACCAGCCAGCGGCAGUGGGGUUCGGCAGACUACAACCAAGGCUACCCUCCUCAGCCUCAGGGAUAUGGACAACCGCAGCACGAUCAAUAUGGCCAAGCCAGCCACAGUCCCUAUCCGCCAGCGCAGAGCCCUUACCCGCCCCCUUCCUAUGAUUCCUAUGGGCAGUCUCAGAACAGCUAUGGCGCCCCUCCUCAGCCCGUAGACCAAUACCAGCAGGGCUACGAUCCAAACCGUAGCACUUCUCCUUACCCGCCCACGGCGCAUCAUCAGCAAGGCUAUCAAGAUCCGAGCCAGCAGCAGUACGGAGCGCAUCACCAACAAGGUUACCAGGACCCCAACCAGCAGUACGGGGCGCCUCAGCAACAGGGUCAUCAUGACCCUCAGCAAGGCUACGGCGCGCCCCAAUACGGCCAACCCGGUGCGCCAGGCGACGCCGCUGAAGGAGACCGUGGUCUUGGCUCCGCUUUGAUCGGAGGCGCGGGUGGUGCUUUUGUUGGAAACAAGCUGGGUGGUGGAACCCUUGGAACCCUAGGAGGCGCAAUCUUGGGUGCUGUCGCGGCCAACAUGGUGCCUGACAAGAAGGAAAAGAAGAAGCACAAGAAGAAACAUAGGCAUAGUAGUAGCCACGGUUCCCAUCGCUCACAUGAUGGUUCCGACGAUGGCUCUCAUCAUGGGUCUCAUCAUGGAUCUUCCCACCACCAUUCGCAUCACGGGUCUUCACACCAUUCGCAUCGGAGCUCGUCGGGUCAUAGACACAGGCGUAAGCACCAUAGAAGCCACAGCAGAGGAGGCAGGAGCAGUUCUAGUUCGAGCAGCAGCGAUUCGGACUAG